CGUUCGUUCGAUACAUUACGUUCGAUGUAAAAACAGCUGAAUUCAUACAUUGGUAGUGGGGGCAGUGCUCGCAAAAAAUGGCGAGGGUAACUUUUGGAUUACUUAGCGUCAUCUGUGUCGUUGCAUUCUCAGCUGCUGUUAAAGGAAAUACUUACAGAGAAAGAAAUUCUUAUCCUCUAUUCCGGUUUGGAAAUUCAUGGGAUUAUGGACAAGAUUUUAGCGACUGGAUAUUAGCAGAGGGCUACAAUGACUCCAGCAGCAGUGAAUCGGAUGAAAGUACAUCAGAAAUUAACAAGUCAUCUAAUGAGUCAACUCCUAUCCAACUGAAGGAUAAAGACUACCGAGAUUCAUCAGAAGGUGAGUAUAUAGAGCUCAGUUCUGAGGCUCAAUCAACAGGAAAUUCCACUAUCAUGCGUACCUCUGAGGAUAAUGCAGUUGCCUCUACGACCCCAUUAAACGCAACGCUGGAAAAGGAAAAAGAAUCUUCUACCACUGCAGAAAAGAUACACGUAACCAGCAGCAGUUCGCCAAUUGGAAAUUAUUCCAAAGAAGACGAAGUUUCGUUUGUUUCAACACCGACUACAUCAAAAAUCACCAACUAUGGAGCUCAGGACAUAUCCCCAAAUUCUACAUUGAAAAUGUACAAUUCUACCUCUGCAACAGAAUCUACUUCUUCAACACAAGUUACAUCAGCAAAUUCAUCCGAAGAGAUUCCUUACACAGCUACACCUGGCGAUCAUUUAAAUACAACCAUAUCUCCAAUAAAAAUAUCAGACACAGAAAAUGAUAGUGAUGCAUCUUCAUUUACAUCUCUUUCAUCGUUAAAUGUCUCCACAAAUAGUCCGACUGUAACAUCAGUGAUAAAUACGGAUGAAACAAGAAACUAUGAAACACAUACAACAGUUUCCAAUAAUGUAACUGCAGACGUAUCAUUUUCAUCGCUAAAUGUAUCCACAAGUAGUCCUACUGUAAUAUCAGUAACAAAUACAAAUGAAACAACAAAGGAUGAAACACGUACAACAGUUUACAGUGAUGUAAAUUCAUCCGCAUCAUUUUCAUCACUAGAUGUAUCCACAGAUAGUGCUACCGUAAUAUCAGUGCUAAAUACAGAAGAAACAACAAGCGAUGAAACACAUACAACAAUAUUCACUGAAUUAACCUCAGGCGCAUCUUUUUCAUCUCUAGACAUAUCUAGCCCUGCAGUAAUAUCAGUAUCAAAUACGGAAGAAACAAAAAGCGAUGAAACAUAUACAACAGUUUCCCCACAGUCAACGUAUUCGCAAUCAUCAUCAAUAGGGUCAAAGUCAUCUUCAACACAGUUAGUGAUCAAAACUACAAAAUUGGCUGAAAUUGCAACUGAAGAAGAAAAAUCAGAAGUUAUUACCGAAGCAAUAUCACCAUUGUCGGAAGGUGCAAAGAACAGGUCUCUAAAACUUGUCGUCUCAGUAGUGUUUUUAAUCAUAGCUCUUGUAUCAAUGGCUGUGCUCAUUACUUACGUGAUUCGCACUAAGCGGAUGGAUGUUCAGUAUGAUGAACUUACACUUCUACCAUAGUGAUGCAUUGUAUCUUUCGAAGCCACAAAACUAAUUUAGAUGGAGCUGAAACUUUCUAACUUUCUGCUGACAUUAUUAUUAUUAUUAUUAUUAUUAUUAUUAUUAUUAUUUGCUACAUAUAUAUACAUGGGUUUUUAACAAAUGAGUUCUUAACAAGAUAAAAAUUUUGCAAUUUUUAAUUGUUAAAAGUAACGUCUGUCAACUUUGAAAAUGACUUGCACUGGAGACCAAUUUUCAAAAAGAUGUAUUUAUUUGGAGUUUGUGUGGUUAUCAGUAAUUGCCCACGUUUACUCAAAUGGUUGUAUUUUUCUAUGAGCUUGUGUUACAGGUGAAAGAGAAUAUGAUACUUUCUGAAAUAUUAAGUGAUUUGUAUCGAAGCAUGUAAGAAAUGACAUUAGAAAUAUAUGUACCAUUAAACGUAAAAAUGCUCUCAUAAAAUCAUAAGUUGGAUAUAUUAUAAAUCAUAUCACUUAAAUGUAUUAUUGAAAAAUAAAAAUAUAAAAAUUAUUAAGAAGUGUUUCUUUCCUUUAAAUCUUUCAGCUGCUAGUUCGCGUAGAAAUCCUCCAAAAAAUCUAACUCCCAAGAAGCUAUUUGAGCGACUUAAAAUCCUUAACCUUCUUCUCCAUUAGUUUCCGACAUAAAUUCUUUUCUUGCUUUAAUUCCAGACUAUAAUAUUCAAAUUUCAUGGAUUAAAGGAUAUAGUGGCCAUUUUGGAAAUGAUCAAGAAGAUGAUUUAGGCAAAGAAAUAGUUCUUGAUAAAGAUGGAUUUAAAUCAUUCUUCCAUGGCCUCGUUCAGAUUUCAAAUACCAACCAAAACAAUUUGUUUCAAAAUAUUGGCAAUUACUAUACAACAGGACAUGGCCCCUUCCUGGCAUAUUUAUAAGCAAUAAAUAUCACAAACUCCGACAUCUGUAUAUGUAAAGAACAAGGAAUUCCUGAUCAUUUCACUUUCCUAAAUGAAAAUAAUCACAUAAAAUUUCUACCAACUGAUCUCUUGGAUUCAAAAUUUCUAAUUAAGGAUAAACAUCAGUAUCCUAAAUUUCAAAAACAAAAAAAAAAAAAAAAAAAAAAAAUAUGAAGCGACUUUCUUCCUACUGCAUAGAUCUUUGUCAAA